UUUUCGUGUUUUUCUGAUUAGAAAAAUUUUGCUAGUGGAAUAUUUCAUUUUGAAAUUUCGUAAUUAAAUAUCGGCUCAAAAAUAUUGGAAUUUAUUUUAAAUAAUACAACAUCAUGGGCAAAGCAAAACGUAAGCAUCGUAAUAAGAAAGUAUCUUUUAAAACGAAGCAAAAAAGGCACAGAAAGAAGCCAGUGAAAUUGAAAUACGAAGAACCAGACGAAGUGAAACGAGCCCCUCAUUCGUUCGUGAUCCAUCGAGGAACCGUAGGAAAAUAUAUUUCAGAACUAGAAAAAGAUUUUCGUAAAGUUAUGGAUCCUUAUACAGCAUCUCAGUUACAAGUUCAAAAGAGAAACACCAUUAAAGAUUUCGUAGCGGUAUCGGGUCCUUUGAAAGUAUCCCAUUUGAUAAUAUUCACCAACUCGGAAAUCGGACCUUAUUUACGUAUUGCUAGAUUACCUCAUGGACCAACUUUAAUGUUCAGAAUUCAUAAUUAUUCGCUUGGCAGAGACGUACUGUCAACUCUCAAGAAACAAAUGACUAAUAAGAAGUUAUUCACCAAUGCUCCUUUAGCGAUUUUAAAUAAUUUUACUGGCGAAGGAUCGCAUGUCAAAUUAAUGGCUUCUGUUUUCCAAAACAUGUUUCCUACCAUUAACGUUACUAAAGUGAAAUUAUCAGACAUAAGGAGAUGUGUUAUGUUCAAUUAUAAUCCGGAGACGAAAUUAAUUGAUUUUAGACAUUAUGCCAUUAAAGCAGUACCCGUUGGUAUUUCUAAAAGUGUUAAGAAAAUAGUAACUAGUAAAAUUCCUAAUCUUGCUAAAUACGAAGAUAUUUCCGAAUUUCUUACCAAACCGAGUAUGUUAUCUGAAAGUGAGAUGGAAGAUGACCCAGUCAGUCACGUCGAAGUACCUCAAAAAUUACCAUCUCGAGGUAACGUGGUAUCUCAACAGUCGUCGAUUAGAUUAAGUGAAUUAGGACCUAGACUCACCUUACAGUUGAUCAAAGUUGAAGAAGGAUUACUCAACGGCGAAGUAGUAUUCCACGAAUUAGUUCACAAAACUGAAAAAGAGAAACAAGUAAUUCGUAAAAAACUGGCAGAAAAGAGACGUCUUAAAGAGCAACGUAAAGCAGCUCAAGAAGAAAACGUUCAAAAGAAACAAGAAAUGAAAGAACUUCAUAAACAAAAAUCACUCGAAGGAAUGAAACGUAAACAUCUCGAAGAAACCGGCGAACUUUUAGAAAACGACGAUGAUAUUCAAUAUUACCGCGAUGAAGUCGGAGAAGAUCCUGACGAAGGUGUAUUCGCAACUCCAUCCGGAUCCGGAGAGAAGAAAGAAUACGGUUGGCGAAAAAGGAAAACUGAAGCAGAUUCCCAGGAUACUGGAAAGAAAUUUAAAAAGUAUCAACCCAGAGAGGACAGCAACAAUCGUGGCAAUAAGAGAUAUCAAGGAAGAGAUGACGGUAAAAAUCGACCCAAUAAGAAAUUCCAAGGAAGAGACGAUGGAAAAAAUCGACCCAAUAGGAAAUUCCAAGGAAGAGACGAUGGAAAAAAUCGACCCAAUAAGAAAUUUCAAUCAAGAAAUGAAGGUAAAAGUCAAUCCAAUAACAAUUUCCGCAGAAAAAACGAAGCGAAAUUUCCAACCAAUAAGAAAUUUCGGGGAAACAAUGAAGGCAAGAAUCAGUUCAAGAGUAAGAAAUCGAAUUCAAAACGUCAACGUUAAAUGAUGUAUUUUUUACGAAUAAAUUUGUUUUUCUCUUUUUUUUUUAUAGCGAA